AAAAAAGCCGUUCUAAGCCUAACCAUAUAACCUUGCUUAAUAUGAAAUGGAUUAAACCAAAGACAAUAAGUCAAUCUCUUAUUCUUUAAGGUCAAAAUUAAGUGAUAUAUCAACCAAUAUCAUAUGUUCUAUUUAUAUAUUAAAUUGUAACAAAUCUCCACCUUUACAAAUUCAAUUGUCAAUUGGAUUUUAUAUGCGAUACUCAUUUAUUAAACAAAUAUGAGCGCUCGCCAGGUUUUUUUUUUUGACACUACAAAGAUUAUUUGUUGAAAUUGUUUGCUACGAGUACAUUGUAUUUUUAUCAAAAUCCAUACAUUGAUCGCUUCUCCACUACUGCAGUUUAUAUAUAUAUAUAUAUAUAUAUAUAUAGUGCUAGAAUUUCUUUCAUCAUCCACCGCCUGUAAGCGCCCUGUGAUAUUCCCCAGUAAUAUGUGCGAAGAACACCCCUUUUUCUAAAUCCAGCUUUCUUUGGUUUGUUAUUUUUUAUUAAUUUUGUUUUCAAAAGAAACAUCUAUUGCGUAGAGAAAAAAUACGGUUAGAACUGUAAAAUGUUUAAAAUAUUGUGCCCGCUUUGAUUAUUCUACUUGCCUCAUUUAUCUUAUUGCAUUCCUCAUCUCACCAUUUGAUCAUAAUAAUUUAUUUGGCAUAAAUCAUUAACCACACUUAAACAUGUUGCAAAUAAUAUAAUAUAUUAUAUUAUUAAAACCCACUGCGAGUAAUUGAUGUAUAAAUACAAGACAGUGAAAUUGCAGUCAAAUCAAACAUUUACGGCGUGUGCAUCGAUAAUUGUAUCAGUGAGUAAUUAGCUAUGAAAUCUGUGAAAUUGUCAUCGGGAUAUGAAAUGCCAACAGUGGGCCUUGGCACGUGGCAGGCAAAACCUGAAGAAAUCGAAAGAGCAGUUGCAACUGCACUGGAGAAUGGUUAUCGACACAUUGACACUGCCUUUAAUUAUAACAAUGAGGAUGUUAUUGGGAAGAGUCUAGAAAUAUGGUUGAAUAAUGGAGGAAGCAGAGAAGAGUUAUUUAUCACAACAAAGUUGCCUCACUAUGGAAAUCGAGCAUCAGACGUGGAAAAAUAUGUCAAUUGGUCAUUGGAGAAAUUGAAAUUGGAUUAUAUCGAUAUGUACUUGAUUCACAUGCCCUUUGCCUUUAUCAGUGAUGCCAGUGGUUGUGCACCUCUACUUCACGAAGAUGGUUCAUAUCAACUUGAUUUUGACACUAAUCCUAUUUCUGUUUGGAAGGAAAUGGAACAACAAGUGAAGAAAGGCAAAGUCAGAUCAAUUGGGCUGAGUAAUUUCAAUGAAAAUCAAAUUGAUCAAGUAUGGAAUAACGCAGAGAUAAAACCUUGCAAUCUUCAGGUGGAACUGCAUGCAUACCAUCAACAAAAAUCUCUAAGAAAGUUUUGCACUAGUCGCAAUAUAGCCGUAACAGCGUACAGUCCUCUAGCAUCUCCAGGUGCUAAAAUUCAUUUUCAAACGAAAUACAACUACAAUCCUGAUAAAUUCCCAGAUCUUUUGGGACACCCUGUUGUUGAAAAAAUUGCCAAGGCUCACGAUAAAACAACAGCACAAAUUUUACUGAGGCACUUGGUGCAACAAAAUGUUAUUGUAAUUCCAAAGAGUGCCUCACCUCAAAGAAUUGCCCUUAAUAAUAAUAUAUAUGAUUUUGAGUUGAAUUCAGAUGAAAUGAGCGAUUUGGAUGCCCUAGAUCGAGGUGCUGAAGGACGAAUUUUUACAUUUUUAUUUUUCAAAGGGGUAGAGAAACAUCCGUUAUAUCCCUUCAAGGAUGAGUUACAAUGAAUCGUAGAAAAGCAAUAAUU